CCCAUCCAUCAUAUCACCAUUUGCAGUCUAUCCUCCUCAUACGCCAUCUCCCUCAAUCACAUGCAAAGAUCCCUUCGCCACGCUCCCGCUCCCUCCUCCCUUACUCCUUGUGCCGAGAUCUUUGGUCAGCGCUCGCGAGACGCGCCCCAAAGUCAGCUUCCUAGCCACCAUCCGACGAUCAUCACCGUCUGAUGAUUUGAAUCAAAGCACUCCAUUAAUAGGGACUUAGCAGCUCCCAACUGCAAUUUUGAUUGCCACACCUUAAUCACCGAGUGCUCGUCCCAGACAUCUUCGAUUGCGCCAUCCCCUACAUCCACCCCAACCCGAAUCCCUCUUAUCACCAUGCGCGGGCCUAAGCGAACCCUUGAGGAAAUCAUCGCCCAAGAAGAUUCCGAUGAUGAAGACUAUGAUGACAGCAACACUGGCGCCACAAGAUCACGAUCUUCUAAAUCCAAACGCGGCCGUGCUGCUCCGGCUAGGAAGAGGAGACGGCGCGAAUAUGGCUCUUCGGACAUUGACAGUGAUGACGAAGACCCUAUAUCCGACUCGGAGGACGAGUUUGCCGAGUCAGUCGAAGAUCUUCAAGAGACCAAUGAAAGAGGACGUCCUGUACGCGGAGCGGCCAAGAAAAGCCACAACUACAUCGACAGUGAUGACGAUGAGGACGAACUCGCUUCCUCUUCGGAUCAAGCUGACACUCCACCUCCCAAAAGGUCCGCACGACCGAAGUACAUAGUCACUCUAAAGACUAAACCCAGACGAUCUGCUCGGACUAGUAGUGGAAGCAAUGGCAAGAUGCCCUCUUCGACUGCUCAUCCAAAUGUGGGAACCAGGAGGAGCUCACGCCUGUCGCACGACGAGGAUGAACCGGUCGUUGCGCUCACCAAUUCCGGGAACCAUGUCGAGAUUGUGCGAGCUGGUUCACGCGAAGUCGAGCACAUGCCAACCAGACCAACGAGAGGAGGCAAAGGACUUCUGUAUCCUUCCAAGAGCACCAUCAAUGAAGAGAGCGAGUCAUUUCCCAAGAGAGAAGAAGAAGAAGAAGACGAAUUAGAGAUAAAGGCAUCUCAGCACGAGCUACUGGAUAGCGAUUUACCGGUCACCGGUGAUGCUGAGGAUGAUACCGCCCACAUGCAAAUACCGCAACUUGUCUCCGACCUCGCCCAAGCUGCAGAAGCGUCCAGUGACGGUGAAUUUCCAGAAAUGGAGCCGUCUGGCCUCAAUCCAUCCCAACCGCCUGUCGCCGAAGAAGCAGACGCAGUCGUGGGAGAAGGCCACGACGUAGAUGAAGACGAUGAAGAUGAUGUGCAGCCCAGAGGUCGCAUGACUCGAGCGUCGGAAAGGUCGAAGAAUAAUUCUUCACCAGUGGAAGAAGCCACGGAGAAUCCCAGCAGACUUCGUGUCCGAAACCUUCGGAGCAGGAACAAGGACGGAACCUCCGGCAGCCGUCGACGGAAGGCUCAAGAUGAAAGCAGCGACUUCGAUCCAACUGAAGACCGGGAAAAUGCAGAUGAAAUCUCUAGCUCCAGCGACUCUGAUGCCUCACCACGGAAAAAUGGCCGGAAAGAUGGCGAUUACGAUAGCAGCAACAACGGCCGCCGGUCGACAAGGCUGCGCGGAAAGAACAUAUCUCGCCAGCGAUCGGAAGCUGUCAGCGAUCAACUUGAAGAACAAGAAGAGCUUGCCGAAGAACUUGCCGACCUCAAAAGAGGAGGACGAAAGCCACGACGACAGAGGGAGGAGGCCAUCGUGUUCGAGCCACGAGGUCGUCGUACCGGAAAGAAACCCAAUUAUGAUCUCUUGCGCGGUUUUGCUCCUAUUGAAGACGAAGAGGAAGUUGCUGCGCCUUCUCCGUCACAAAGAACCCGAAAGACUGGUGGCGGUGCCUGGCAGAGAACCCUUUUCAAUACAUACGGGCCGUUUGGAGGCGGCGGAGGCGCUCCCCCUGUCCUUGGCGGCGGCGUCUCCGGUGCUCGAGCGCAAGGUGGAGUUGAUUCUGACAGUAGCGACGACGAGGUCAUGAAACAACCAAGACCUACAGGCGGCACUGUCGGCAUGACCCCAACCGCGGCGACAGGCUUCAAUCUCUUUCCUCAGAGUCUUAACGCAGACCCGGCACAAGCCGUUGGCGGCACCCCCGCCAACUUGGGCAAGAUCAAAGACAAGCAAGUUUUGGCGGAUGCAGAUCCACUCGGAGUUGAUCAGAAUGUUAAUUUUGACAGCGUUGGUGGGCUCCAAGGGCAUAUUGAUCAGCUCAAAGAAAUGGUGGCUCUUCCCUUGCUGUAUCCUGAAAUCUUCAUGCGAUUCAAAAUCACUCCUCCACGAGGUGUCUUAUUUCAUGGUCCUCCAGGAACCGGCAAAACAUUACUUGCCAGAGCCCUGGCCACCAGUGUGAGCUCACAAGGCCGCAAGGUCACCUUUUACAUGCGCAAAGGUGCCGAUGCCUUGAGCAAGUGGGUUGGUGAGGCCGAACGUCAACUGCGGCUCCUUUUCGAAGAGGCUAGGAAAACACAGCCUAGCAUCAUCUUCUUCGACGAGAUUGAUGGUCUUGCGCCUGUUCGCUCCAGUAAACAGGAGCAGAUCCAUGCAUCGAUCGUGUCCACGCUCCUUGCUUUGAUGGACGGCAUGGACGGUCGAGGACAAGUGAUCGUGAUUGGUGCCACCAAUCGUCCAGACUCGAUCGAUCCUGCACUACGUCGACCCGGUAGAUUUGACCGAGAAUUUUAUUUUCCCCUGCCAGGAACCGAGGCGAGACGUUCAAUUCUCGACAUACAUACCAAAGGAUGGGACCCGCCACUUGACCCUGCUGUCAAAGACGAACUGGCAGAGUUGACCAAGGGAUAUGGUGGUGCGGACUUGCGAGCUUUGUGUACCGAAGCGGCUUUGAAUGCAGUGCAACGUCGAUACCCGCAGAUAUACAGUUCGGUGGAGAAGCUCAAGAUCGACCCUAAAACGAUCGAGGUCAUGCCCAAGGAUUUCAUGAUUUCAAUCAAGAAAAUGACACCAUCGUCAGAGAGAUCCACAUCAUCUGGCGCAUCUCCUCUCCCACCCAGUGUUGCUCCUUUGCUGAACGACCAGCUUGACGUGAUCAGAAACAUCUUGGCCGAAGUUCUGCCUCAGAAGAAGAGGCUGACUGCUUUGGAGGAGGCGCAAUAUGAAGAUGUCGAUCACGGUCGAGGUUUUGGGAAGGAGAAAAUGCAGCAAGCCUUUGAGUCUUCACGAGUCUUUCGGCCUCGGCUACUCAUACACGGCAGAGUAGGAAUGGGUCAACAUUAUCUGGCAGCUGCUUUGCUCAACCAUUUCGAAGGGUUACAUGUGCAAGCCUUUGAUUUGCCGACUCUGCUGAGUGAUACCACAAGCUCUCCUGAAGCCACCAUCAUUCGUCUGUUUACAGAGGUGAAGAUGCACAAACCAAGUGUCAUCUACAUCCCAAAUGUGCAAGACUGGUAUCAUACAGUGGGGACUACCGUAAUCUCAACCUUCCUAGGCUUACUGAGAUCGAUCAAGCCAACAGAUCCUGUGCUGCUUCUUGGAUUCGACGAAGGCGAACAAGAAGAUCUCGAUGAGAACAUGCGACGCGAAUUAUUUGGUUUCUCCAAAAAGAACCAGCACCUACUUUCAGAGCCAAGUAACUCCCAACGAUUUGACUUCUUUCAGCCUAUCAAGGAUUAUAUCCGUACAGCACCAAGCGACUUUCCCAACCCGGAAAAUCGGAAAAAGAGGCAACUCGAAAAGCUUGAUGUCGCACCACCGGAGGCUGAGAAGGGUCCGCCACCUUUGACCAAAGAAGAACUCAAAAUGCAAAAGAAGAGAGAUCGUCAGACGCUGAACAUGCUGAAAAUCCGUCUACAGCCAAUCAUGGAUCAAAUUCGAACCAAGUACAAGAAGUUCCGCACUGGCGUCAUUGACGAGACUCAAAUUCGAUAUCUGUUCGAAGAGGCUGACCCUGGCACUGUGACUUCAGACUUGCACCAGGAAAUCCUUGCACAAGCAUCAUUCAGGCCUUUUGAGAUUGGCCAGGACGCACAUGGUGAACCUGGUUUAGUGGAUCAGGCUAACAACGUUUUCUACUACAACUUGGAUUCUGUCACUAUUGAAAAGCGCCUUAGCAAUGGGUAUUACAAGCGGCCAAAAGACUUUCUGGCAGAUAUCAAACGCCUUGCGAAGGAUGCAAAGGCCGCUGGAGACGAAGACAGACUUCUCAAAGCCAAUGAAUUACUGGCAAAUGUCGAGGUGGACAUUGGCUCACUCGAGUUGGGCGAGCCAGCGUUCAACGCUGAAUGUGAACGAGUCUACGAGCGCGAGCUGGCGCGAGAAAAAGAAGCUCUGAAGCAAGCCCAGCUUGAAAGCGAUAGAAACAAGGACAUGCCACCACCACAAAUAGUGUCAAAUGUUGCGCACGGUAAUUCUGGCCCUUCAACCACUGUUUCUACGGGACCGAUCUUGCUGGGAGAGCCUAUGGUUCGGCGCCAUGACUUUGCAGAGCGCUUGGCUCCUACUGGCAUCUCUAUGGCCAAUUCCAAUGCCUCAAUUGUAACCAACGGCAUUCAUCAUGACAAUGACACGAGGACGGCGGACUCGGCAAACGAGACUAACAACCAUCCGGGUGUUGAUGCUUCAGGUGACACCUAUAUGGGGGAAGCAGAGCCAGAGACCCAAACUUCUCAGGAGAGGAGCAAUGAGACACAAAAAACCCAAACGACAAGCUCUUAUGGCAACCGCGAAUCAGCUCAACCUCGACCAUUCCAUUCAUACACCGCACCAUCACAGCAUCUGAUGAAGGAAUCUGGCAUGUCUUUGCCUCGUUCUCAGACUGGACCUUUUACACCCAUGCCUCAUGGCAGUGAAGUGGCUGAAUUCCAGAACGAUGCAAGCACGACGCAAUCGACAAAUGGAAAGAGGAUAUCUUCUGGAGAUAAAGAUGGCAGUAGUCCACCAGAUUCAGGGCCAAACCUGUACGAGUAUAAUGAACGACGAUCAGUCGCAUCAGGAAGUCAGAUCCCUGAUACACAAGGUACGAUCUCUCCUCCUCAAUUGCGGCAAUUUCCUCAAUUCUUGGAGCUGACUCAGAGAGUAGAUACUCCUCACUAUCCCCCAGGCUCCCCAGGAAAUCCCCCUGAUGUUGCGCAACUACAACCCAUACCUCAACAUGUGACACCUCCAGGGCCAGACCGGCAAUCUCAGCCACCAGUGCCACCAUUUGCUACUGCGGCAGCAGAGACAAGCCCCGUACAUCGGACAAAUUCACAUAUCGCCGAUUUACUCAACCCAUCACCCCAGCCCAACUUGAUUCAGGUUGAGGAGCGGAAUGUGGAUAACUUUCACCGGGAGAUCAGCGACAAGACUAGUGGCCUGAGUGUGGAACAGCUCGAACAGGUCAAUAGUGUGCUCAUGGACACACUAUGGAGGAGCAGAGGCGAAUGGGAUCGAUCAAAGGUCCUGGUUCAAGUCAGUGAUGCCUUCAACGAGGUCAUGGCUGAUAUGCAAGAGUCGGGGCAGGACUUUGCACCCAGUAGUUGGGGACGAAGACCCCCAGCUUAGUUGGACCACGAGAGUUGGAACCUGGAAGUUGUUGGCCUAUUUUUAGAAGGGCUGAACAGGACUUGCUACGUGGGGAAGACGGAAUUACAUUAGCAGAUCUUGGGAACAAAUAUGAAUGAUGUUGUACAACUA